AUGGAUUCAGACGAUGGUUUCAAAAAUGAUUUUAAUACAGUAAAGGAAUUAGUAUUAGAUGAAGAAAAAAUAGUGACAUAUGUUUCUCUGAGUAAAGAUCUUUGCGUACAUGUAAACACAGGAAAAAAAAUAUUACAUGGCUUAAUUGAUAACAUACGAGAAGAAAAUCCAAAAAUUAAGCUGAAUGUCUCUUAUGUUAUAUCAGGGAUAAUUGAUGAUAACCAGGCUUGGACUACCGUUUGUUCAGAAGAUGAAUUGAAAAAGCUAAGAUUAUCCUUUAAGACAAUAUUUUUCGAGCAUAUUUAUAGCGUAAGUAAGGGCGUUACUUGUGUUGACCGAAAUGCUUAUUUGUUAUUAAAUUCAUUUGCUGAUUUAAACUUAUGUAAAGGCUUGAUCAAAAGUAAUGAAUGUAAUAAACGAACAUCUGAUGAAAUAGAAAGCUUAAAAACUAUUAGUCAGGAAUCUGUAACACUUCCUAGUGAAAACAAGCAAUUGGCAGGUGCCAAUAAAAUAAAAUUAGAAUCAAAACAACUUAAAAGUAAAGAAGUACAUAUUAUACCUUCAAAAGAAAUAGAAAAACCAGCAAUUAAAGUUAAAAAUGAAGUGAUAUCUCCCAAAAAAGAACCUAUUAAUUUUAAACCAAGUAACAAUCAUUCAAAUGGACACAAAACUCAAAAAGGAAUUGUAGGUUUCUUUAAUAAAACAAAUGGAGUAACUGCCAAAAAAACAACAAAAGAUUUAAAAAAUGGAAUUGGGGAUAUAGCAAAAGAUGAAAAUAAAGUUGAAGACCAAAAAAUGGAUGUUGAUGAUAUAGAGUCCAAAUCUGAACUUCCUUUACCAGCAAAAAAGGAAAUUAUUAAAAAAAAUAAUGUUCUCAGUCAAAUAAAGAAAAAUUCAAAAGUUGAUAAAAAGAGAAAAAGGGUGUUACAUGUGUCUGAUAGUGAUAGUGAUGCUGAAAAUGAUCCAUUUGUAGAUAAACAGGAAUUAAAUCCUGAAUCAGAUGAUGAGAUCCCACCUACACCGUCUAAUAAUAAUAUAAAAAUAACAUCAGGAAUAGUGAAUCCUAAAAAGAGACGAAAAGUUGUUGACAAAACAUAUACUGAUGAAGAUGGUUACAUUUUAACUAAAAAAGAAGAAGUAUACGAAAGUUGUUCUGAAAAUGAAGAAGAAAUCCAAAUCAAAGAAGAUAUAAAACCAAUAAAAGAAGAAAAAAAUGAUAUAUCACCCAGAGAAAAGAAAAAUGGUCCAAAACUUUCAAAGAAAAAAAUAUCUCCACCACAAAAAGGAAAACAAUCAACUCUAACUAAUUUUUUUAAAAAAAUG